GACGUAACUCCGUUGUUUGUUUCCCUUACUAAAUUUGUCUCUAUUCCGCUUUGGCUUUCACCAAUACACAUAUAUAUUUCCUCCAGACACUACCAGACUAAAUCAGAGCUACAGCGCUGCAUAAACGCUCUGCUUGUUUCUGCUACUCAUCUUCGUUUUUAAAGUCUCCCUCCCCUCUCAUUAUAUAUAAGCGUUUCUCUUCUUUUUUUUUUGAUCCUUUCCAGAUUACCGUUUUCUCAGAGCGAAGAUGCGUGCAGUCGACCGCUGCUUCAUUGUUAUCAGCGUGCUCGCCGUGCUAAGCUGCCUGUCCACCUUCACCGAGGCAAAGCUACGGCUUCCGUACACGACACCAGUCAUACAAACAAGCCACCCCGCCGUCGUGGAUCCCGAGACCGGAAAGGUAGCUGCCGUGCUCCCUGUCACCUUCACCGUGACCGUCGCCGACAGCUUUUCCUAUCCGGUUGAAUUGGUGGAUGGGAUUCACCUGAAGGGUGCCUCCAUUGUCCAGACUCACGUCUUCACAGGGGCGAGCAUCAAGCUUGUGUUCGACGUGCCGAACCCCGGUCUGGAUUUCGUGAUGAACGUGACGUCGGACGAGUAUCCGGUGGUUCAAGAUCAAUACGGCAGUCUGUGGAAAGCGGUAGAACCGUUGAGGCUCGAGGUAAUCAAGCAAGACACCAAAUUCAUCUACGACGUCGGAAGCGUUGGAAUGACGAGCUACCAGUCGCAGUCGGAGUCCGUGGAUACACCGCCUGGCGGCCCGCGGUACGACUACGAAUGCUACCGCACGAAAGCGUGCUGUGGUCUCAACUCCACGCACUAUCGAAAGUACGCACUGGUGGACAGCCCUGUGCCACCGUAUGCGUGCACGGACGGGGCAAUUACCUACGUAUCGUCUAACUUUUUGUUUCAACUGCGAGGUGUUCUGUUGGGUGGAGAUCUGUCAGAAAGCACAACCUGUAAGGUAACGGCGAACGAACCCAAAGGUGUCUCAGUAACGUGCUCAAAAAGUGCAUUAGCUACGUUUGAUGGUAUUACUGUAUCCCCGUCGUACUUUAAGCCGUCGUUUGGUUUUGCGCUUUGCCGACAAGGCUCGUCUCUCACGGAUCGGUCAUACGAGGCAUCGCCAGUACCAGUAACAAGCAAUGCUUUUUGUUCCACUAGUUGGUGCAUUGGGUAUACCCCCAAGAAUUACAUGAAUGAUCGCGUUAAGUGCCUCGAGUACCCAUUGGGCUAUUAUUCCUCAUUGGACGGAAACAACUCCAAUCAGUUCAGCUUCUAUGAAAGAAAAGCUGAGUCUCAAUGGGAGGUUGCUUUUUCUGAACUCGAAUGGAUCGAUGAUGUCGGGAUGUCUUCCUCCGCCACGAUUCAGAACAUCAGCUUCCAAGGUGACGUCCCUGCAUCCACCGGUUGGACCCUCACGUACGCAGACUUCCCCUUGCCGCUCACCAACACGUUGCAGCCGCUCUUCCCGAUCGGACGUCCCACCCGCGUUACAGCGCGCUUUAACGAUGCAACGUCUCCCACAGCCGUCGUUGUCACUGUUGAGUACGUUUCCUUCUCGAACUUCACAGGAGCCAACUGGACUAUACAGACGUGCGUGGGUACUUUCUGCGGCUCUUCCCAGUAUCCCGCCGCAGCGGACACGAACCGCUAUCCAACACUCAUCAACGCGACGGUGCACCUCUCAUCGCUUGACCGCACUCCGCAACUGCUGCCCUCUGAAGUCGUCGUGACGGUCACCUGCGAAACGACCCCGACCACUAACCCUUUUCACACGCUUCUCAGAUCGUCCACUGUCACUGUGGACGCCGCCAUCGAACCGCCAGCGACGCAAACAGUGAAGGCGAGUCUCGCGCGUGAACCGCAGCAGAAGGUGCCGUCGCCCUACGCCGCGUCCCUCGGUGCGAGCUCCACCGUUCGUAUCAUCUGCCAGGGCGACUACCGAUUCUCCACCGCGGCAGGGACGUGUGUGCCACUCACCGAUCGAGAGUGCGCCGUCAAGUAUCGUGGCCGCCGCAUCGUCUUCAACACCACCACGAACGCGUGCUUCUGUCGCGCACCGAGGCUGACGAGUCCGCUGAUUACCGCCCCCUGCCCGAUCCGCUGCCUCCACCGAAGUUCACAGAAGAGAGCAUCCGCGAGCUGA